AUCGGGCACCUUGGCGACAUUUAAUAGUAAACAACCUCCAUUAUCAGUCGUUUAAUUUGUAGAAUUCAGUGCAGACAUUAUCAACUUAACUUCAUCAGUUAGUUGGUACGGCAGUCACCAAAAUGCCGUCAAGGACCGCCACAGUGGUUCAGAGACCGAUCUCGGAGGAGAUAGAAGAACUUAAAGCUAAAAUUGCUCUUUUAGAUGGCGAUCGGAAGGCAUACUAUGAGUCGUCUGAAUACGCGAUCAAGAAGAAUCGAGAAAUUAUCAAAUGUCUGCGUGAGGAAACCAAGGAACUUAGAAAGAGUCUCAGUGACAAACUGAAGCAAGACGAACAUGUCAUUGGAAAAGCCUUGCAUGACAAGCCAGUGGAGAGAGCAGCCUUGUCAAGUAAAACAGGAAAGGAAGCUAUUUCCAUAUACGACUACAAAGUGUCGGAUACGAUGAAGCGUUUGAAUGCACUGCGUCACAUCACGGCGUGCAAGCAGAAGAAGCUGGAGACGCUGCAGACGUCAUGCGAUGCCAUGAAGAAAGAUGCAUCGGACGCAGUCGCGACAGACAAGGGCGAGUCACACGACGCCCAGACUAUGCGCUAUCUGGAAAACAGCUAUGACAAAGUAUGCAUGAAGUGUGAGGAAGCCAAGCAGGUGAAAAGAGUGUAUGAAGACAUCAAGUCACGAUUUGAACAGGAAGCCCAGAGUUACCCUGCUAAGCUGGAUGCUAUAGAAUGCGAGAUCGCUAAGACACGACAGGAGCUGAAAGAGUUAAAAGCCAUGCACAACGAUGCCCAGCUAGCCAAGGAAUCGGCCGUCAGUGAGCUGCGACGCCACGAGGACACAGUCUAUAGUGAGAGGAAGAAGCGAGAAAUCGAACUGCAGAAGAUGAAGAAAGAAGCUGAAGAAAAGAAAAUGCAACAUGAGAGAAUAGAAAAGAGACUGCAACAGCGGGGCUCCAUUCAGCAGGAUGAGUUAUCUCCCCAGGACAAGGCAGCACUGACCGGGGAAGAUCAACAACAGAAGAUCACCACAUAUGAAGAGGCCUUCAAGAGAAUCAAGGAGGCGACCGGCGUCUCAGACACAAUGGAAGUUGUGAGCCGGUUUGAAAACCAAGGGGACACAACUCGUCAUCUUGAGGACUUGAAAAAAGAAAAUGAAAAGACCAUCAUUCGACAGAAGGAGGAGAAGGAAAAACUGCGUGAGGAGUUUGAAGAAAUGAAAUACUCUGGGGAGGCCAAACUGUCCAGCGGCCAGGCUAUCCUGGAGAAGUUUGAAGCACACCUCUCGAAGGAAGAGUCGCGUUGUGAUGACGCGGACCGCCGACUCCAGCGUGCGUGUAAGAUCCUCGUUCAGGUCAAGGCCGGGGUGGAGCAUCUCGCUGAUAAACUGCAUCAUCUCAAAGCUAGUAAAGGUCAUGUGCCGACGGCCCAGAUUGCUCCGACGUCGGAAGAGUUUGUGCUGGAUCAGCUAUCACGGAGUGAAGAGAAACUACUCAAACUUCUUGAGGAACUCGAUGGGAAGGACCUCAAUGAGGUGCUUAAACAGAUGGAAGAAGAGGAGUUCCAUGUAGCCAUAGAAGGAAAACUACCUGCCUACAAUACCCGAGUGAAACUUCCGCAAACUCAAAGGGACCUGGCCUAUGAUGAUGACGAAGACAGUGGCGAUGAUGAUGCUGAUGUUCCAAAUCGAAAUACAAUUAAGAAACAGUCUCAGUUUAUUGUUGAUUCUAAAACAAAGAGACGUGUCGCAAAGAAGAAGAAAAAGACGAAGUAGACUUGAGAAGCAGAAUGACUAUUGGACAGUUUAAUUUAUUUUUUAAAAAUUGUUUGAAUAUUUAAUUUUCUUUUCAAAAUUCAAAUAACUAAUUUUUGUUUUGUUAACUAAUUGUAUUUCAUUUAGUAAGGUUGUUUACUUUAAUAUUUGAAUAUUAUCCAAGUUAAAGGUACUUAAUUCUAUUACCACAUUAUAUAUAAUGGUAUUUCUUUUGAAAUUUGGUUCAUUGCUUGAAAGAGUAAUUUUUUCACAUCUAGUAAUGAGAAAUAUAUUCCUGAGUGUUAAAUGACCAACAAAUUCACUACAGAACCCAGAAUUUAAACAAAUUGUUUGGAUAUGAGUAAAUAAAUACAUUCAUGAUCACUAGGAUGUAUUUCUAAAAGGUCUUGAGCUUCUAUAGACACCAAAGCACAGAAAUGAAUUUUAAUUAUUAAAAAAACUAACCCCAAAAACCCCAACAAACCAUGUAAGUUUCAAGCAGAAGGUAGCGUACAAUGUUUUUGAGGAUUAGGUACCUUUAAUAGCCAUUACAGAUAAAAAGCUGUUAGACUGUAAGACUUGUAAGACUGACAAGAUGUUCUGAUCUACAUGUACACUUUUUUGGUGAAGCAGACCAAGUAGUGGAAUUAUAAUCAAAGUGAUAUGCACAUGCAGAUCUUUGGGAAUCGAUGCAUGUUGAAACGUAAUUCAUUCUGUUGUGUAAAUUGUUUCAUUCAUGUCAUUUAUGAUACAAUGCUAUAAAGAUGGGCACUUUUUUGUUGGGAUGUGAAAAAAAAUGAAAAGAGUUACCAAAAGAUUGGGACCAUAAAUUUAUUUUUGGGAAAAAGUAGCCAUACUGUAUACAUGUACAUGUAAUCUAUAGUUGAUUCCCCCUCUCUCUCUCCCCCCCCCCCACCUCACCACCCCAAUCCUUUGGCUGAGGUUGGUGUGGUUAGAUAUUCUUGCUAUGGUCCUCUGGUGGGAAAAUUAGUUGAAGUGCUUUGUAUUGUCCUAUGUACGUGUAUGAUAUUCAGUACAGUUUUUCUGUCAACUUUUUGUUUGUAUUGUCCUACACAUCUGAUGCUUUGGAGAUUGAUCAACUUGCACAAGUGUUUGAUAAGAAUAAUAUUAGUAGGUUGGAAGUUAUGCGAUGAACAAGGUCAGGAUAAUAUGCAACAUUUAAUAGGAUAAAGGUAAUUAUUAAAAUAAAGCAAUAUGUAGACAUCAAGCUAUUAUAUAUAGACAACAGAGGAAUGAACAAAGCAUAAUGACAAGUUAGCUGUUGACUGGUGGUGGUCACUUUCUGUGAACCUUUAGGUUCACUCCAUAUAUAAAAUAUAUUUGUUUGGUUUCUGUUCACCAUAUUGAAUAAAUGUUUCACUCAU